AUAGCCUGUGGUACUAUAGGCCCAAAUACCUAUUACCUAAACCCCCCCCCACUCCAGCCCAUAUUGGUAAACCCUGCAUUUUAGGGUUUCACAAAAUAUCAGUUGUGUUCCUCCUUCGAAUCUCUCUCUCAUCAGUUGUACCGCCAUUGACGCAGCAGCAAAGAGCAACAAUGGUGAAGUAUUCAAAAGAACCCGACAACCCCACCAAGUCUUGCAAGGCUAGGGGAUCAGAUCUUAGGGUCCAUUUCAAGAAUACAAGAGAAACUGCGUUUUCUCUCCGAAAAAUGCCUCUAGGCAAGGCUAAAAGGUAUUUGGAAGAUGUCCUUGCCCACAAACAAGCAAUUCCAUUCCGUCGCUUUUGUAGAGGAGUUGGUCGAACUGCUCAGGCAAAAAACCGUCACUCGAAUGGACAAGGGCGUUGGCCUGCCAAAUCCGCAAAGUUCAUCUUGGACUUGCUAAAAAAUGCUGAGAGUAAUGCUGAGAUGAAAGGUUUGGAUGUCGAUUCCCUUUACAUCUCACACAUUCAAGUAAACCAAGCUCAAAAGCAGAGGCGUCGUACUUACCGUGCUCAUGGAAGAAUCAACCCUUACAUGUCACAUCCAUGCCACAUUGAGUUGACUUUGUCAGAAAAGGAAGAAUCAGUGAGGAAAGAGCCUGAGUCUCAGUUGGCUGCAAGCAAAUAGAAGGGUGGUUCCGGUUCAUUUUAAGCACACUUUGAGGGCUGUCUUCACCACGGAGGACUGAUCCUUCAUAUCAAUUUCUCUUGAUCUUGCCAGAUGUCUUUUUGCUGUUCUUACCCUGUAUGGGGUUUUUGUUCUGUUGAUUUAGAUAUUAUUUGCGCUCUAUUAUAUGAGAUUUAGAAAAUACACUUACAUUUCCCGUUGGUUUACUAUGGUGCAUUAAUGAUUAUUCUGGACUGUCUGCUUAUAUCUCUUA